AUGUCAUUCGAAGCGUUUUGUCGUGAAUGUGACAGACAUUUUGCUGACCCUGCCGCAAAAGUCAACCAUGUGGCCCUGUUCCAUUACGGAAUAACUCCACAACCACCUGCAAUCCCUGAAACUAUAUUCUAUGCUAUCAAUGCGAGCAAUCCUCAAGUCAAGGCCAAAACGUGUCCUGUAUGCUGGCUUCAUUUCCCAAACCUCGCUCAUUGUAUUGCCCAUGUGGCCGACAAACAUCCUGUCAAGCCGAUAACGACCAGCUCGGCUCCGACACGCGAUCACGUUGUUGCAGAUUGGAAGGAACUCGCCAAAGCUCAAUAUCCAAAAUAUUUCAAUGAGUUCCAACGUUCUGAUGAUGAUUCGGAUUUCGAGGUUCAAUCGGUCGACUUCAGUGACAUCGAUUCCUUUCGCGUAUAA